GCUUUCAUGGAGCAGCCGGAUCCGUGGGCAAAAGAUGCGAAACACCACCUGUCUCAGGCCCUUCUUUGAUGACGCCAACCAGGCGGCAUAGCAGGAGCGAUUGGCGCUUCUGGAGCCGUACGCUGGGAUCAGUUUCCCGUAUCCUCCAGCAUAAUGUUUCCCUAGGCUUUUGACAUGUUUCGAUUGCCAGCAGGGGCUUCUCAUCGGGUAGUCGCGUGGCAGACAGGAUGUCGGAAACUUGGCGAGAACAACUGGAAUGGCGAUGGUGACGCAGGGGUCAAACGUACGGAUGCAUGGAAGUCACCUGUACCUGCGAGCGCACAAAGCUUUGACACGUGCUCUUCAUCAUGAUGGAGCCCGCAUAGAACUGGCAAUUUUCAAUAAAGAAAAUAGACUACUCUUCUGGAAAAAAAUGAGCUGCUUUCUAUCGUCUUACUGGUACUUGCGGGAUGAAUUGUGGGCGGUAGCAUAUAGGCAAUCUGGAACAUGGUGUUAGUUGAAUGCGGCAUACAAUCCUCUGUAGCGAAAACACUAGGAAUGCAAUGAGCCCCUCUAAUCGCCCUUGUUGCAAAGACAAAGAACGCCUCCACAAUCGCCGGAGCCACGUUUACCCCAAGACUCGUCCCAUCCGUCAUCAAUGCGAAACGCAUCUCGAGUUCAUGUGAAACAGCCUCCGCCAAACCCAGCCUCCCGGGGC